AACAACGUUUUAUGGUUAAACUCAAUUUUAAAGACAGAAAUUUCCUAAAAUUUAAUUGAAUAAUGGCAGAUUUGGACGAUAUUUUUGACUGUUUUGACGAAAAUCAACCGGAGGAAGUGCAGGCAACUGGACCUGUUGUCGUAGAAGAUGACGUUGCAAUGACCGAGAAAGACUUCAAGCCAGAAGUUAUAGCAGAAGCGGGUGAUUUGGAUGAAUCUCUGGCAAAAAGGAAGCAUGACGCGACAAAAACGGAAUCCGAUGAUGAUGAUACGAGUAAGAAGUUGAAGGUUGUCGAGAGCGUGUUGGAUGAUAUCAACUUGGAUGGCGUCGUUUCCCACAUCACGACACACACCCUUUUAACCCCGGAAGCAUGCACGCACGAAGUCGCAAUUUAUCCCGGGCAAACUCUUCAACCUUUACUUCCGCCAACGGGUCCUCCCGCCAAGGAAUACAGCUUCAAACUCGAUCCCUUCCAACGUGAAGCCAUUUUGUGCAUCGAGAACAACCAAUCGGUCCUUGUGAGUGCUCACACCUCUGCUGGCAAGACAGUCGUUGCCGAAUACGCCAUCGCCCGUUCUCUUGCCGCCAAACAACGUGUCAUCUACACAACUCCCAUCAAGGCGCUUUCGAACCAAAAAUAUCGCGAAUUUCAAGAAGAAUUCACAGAUGUUGGUCUCGUAACGGGCGACGUCACGAUCAAUCCUUCCGCCUCGUGUCUCAUCAUGACAACAGAAAUCCUGCGAAACAUGCUUUAUCGCGGCAGUGAAAUUAUGCGGGAAUGCGGUUGGGUGAUUUUCGACGAGAUUCAUUACAUGCGUGACAAGGAACGAGGCGUUGUGUGGGAAGAAACGCUCAUUUUGCUGCCCGAUAACGUGCAUUAUGUCUUUUUGUCGGCUACCAUUCCGAAUGCACGUCAAUUCGCCGAGUGGGUUUGUCAUUUGCAUCGUCAGCCGUGUCACGUGGUGUACACAGAUUAUCGUCCGACGCCGUUGCAACACUAUUUGUUCCCUGCCGGAGGCGACGGAAUUCAUCUUGUGGUCGACGAAAAGGGCAGCUUCAAAGAGGAAAACUUCAACAAAGCCAUGAGUGUGCUCCAAAAUGCCGGAGAAGCGUCAAAAGGCGACCAAAAAGGCAGAAAAGGCGGAUUAAAAGCCUCAAAUUCGGGCGAAACGAACAUUUAUAAAAUCAUUAAAAUGAUAAUGGAACGAAAAUACGCGCCCGUCAUCAUUUUUUCCUUCAGCAAGAAAGAUUGCGAACUUUACGCCAUGGCUUUGUCGAAAUUGGACUUUAAUACGCAAGAAGAGAAGAAAAUGGUUGAUGAGGUUUUCAAUAACGCCAUGGAUGUUUUGUCGGAAGAAGAUCGCCAAUUGCCUCAGGUUCAAAACGUUCUCCCGUUACUGCGUCGCGGAAUCGGCAUCCAUCAUGGCGGAUUAUUGCCCAUUUUAAAGGAAACAAUCGAAAUUCUCUUCGGCGAAGGUCUCUUAAAAGCUCUUUUCGCUACCGAAACAUUCGCCAUGGGUCUCAACAUGCCUGCUCGCACGGUUCUUUACACUUCGCCACGCAAAUUCGACGGGCGCGAUUUCCGCUGGUUAACUUCCGGCGAAUACAUUCAAAUGUCGGGUCGUGCCGGGCGUCGUGGUCUCGAUGACAAAGGUAUCGUCAUCCUCAUGAUCGAUGAAAAAGUCUCAACAACCGCCGCAAAAGACAUCGUUCAAGGCAAACCGGAUCCCAUCAAUUCGGCAUUCCACUUGACGUACAACAUGGUCCUGAAUUUGUUGCGUGUCGAGGAAAUUAAUCCGGAAUACAUGCUGGAACGAUCUUUCUUCCAGUUCCAGAAUCAAGCUUCCAUUCCGGACAAAUACAAAAGUGUGCAGGAGUUACAGAAGAAAGUUGAGGAUUUUGCGAUCGAAGACGAGACUUCCGUGGCGUCAUAUCAUCACAUCAGAGACCAACUUGACAUACUCGGAAAACAAUUCCGGCAAUGGAUAACAAAACCGCAAUAUUUGAUUCCGUUUUUGCAACCGGGACGUUUGGUGAAGAUCCAAUUUGAGGAUCAAGAGUUCGAUUGGGGCAUGAUAGUUAAUUUCAAGAAAGACGUCGGCGAUGACAAGAAAAAUCCGUUGAAGAACGAAACGAAGUUGUUUAUUGACGUUUUGCUGCAUUUGGAUGGAAAACAAUCGGAUGACGAGAAACUUCGUCCUUGCCCGGCGGGAAAACGAGGAGAAGCUGAAAUAAUUCCUUGUCUCUCGUCGCUAAUUACGAAAAUCAGUAGUAUUCGUAUUCAUCACUCGAACGACUUGAGACCGAAGGAACAACGUUUAAAGGUCGUCAAAAACAUCGAAGAAGUAAAGGAACGUUUUAAGAGCAAAAGUCAAACAAUUCCCUUGCUACAUCCCGUCAACGACAUGCACAUCAAAGACAAAGAGUUCAAAACGUGCAUCGAUCGCAUCGAAGAUUUCGAGAAAAAACUAUUCGCACAUCCGCUACACAAUUCCCCGAAACUCGACUCAUUAUACGAACAAUAUUUAGCCAAGCUCAAGAUGGAAAACGAACUCAAAGCCGCCAAACAAGAAUUUCGCGAAGCAAAAUCCGUGUUGCAAAUGGACGAGCUCAAAUAUCGCAAACGGGUCCUUCGUCGCUUGGGAUAUUGCACCGCAGCUGACGUCAUCGAGUUCAAAGGUCGUGUCGCAUGCGAAUUAAGUGCUGCCGACGAACUUUUACUCACCGAGAUGAUUUUUAACGGAACUUUUAACAGUUUGACGCCACAGCAAUGCGCUUCGUUGCUUUCUUGUUUCGUUUGCGACGAAAAAUCCUCCGAAAGUACGACGACAGCUGAGGAACUUUCGGGCCCGUUGCGACAAAUGCAGGACUUGGCACGACGCAUUGCCAAAGUUUCGCGCGAAUGCAAGAUGGAAUUGGACGAGGAAGCGUAUUUGGAGAAAUUUAAGCCGAGUUUGAUGGAUGUCGUGCUGGCAUGGUGCAAAGGUUCAUCAUUUGCGGAUUUGUGCAAGAUGACGGACAUUUUUGAGGGUUCGAUUAUUCGAUGCAUGCGACGAUUGGAGGAAUUGCUGCGACAAAUGGUGCAGGCAAGCAAAACCAUUGGCAACGUCGAUUUAGAGAACAAAUUUACUGAUGCAGGACGACUACUGAAGCGAGAUAUUGUCUUUGCUGCUUCACUUUACUUGUAAGGAUUUUCUCACCAUAAGACAAAGUAUAUUUUCUGUAAUGUACAAAAAUCGGAAAAAAUUAAAUAAAACACUUGAUUAGAAUUUCAAGUAAAGUAUAGUAUAUA